AUAGUGAUAACGCGGUUGACAGUUCGUGUGACUUCUUCAUAUCCAUUGGUCUGCUAAAUGUUAAAGGCAUCCUAUUCCGCAUCUAUUUUAGUCUUGUUUCGUACGUAAAUGCUAGUGCUACUUAAUUUAUGGUUUCACUUGAAAUCAACUAAUGUUUUACACAAAUCGUUUUACGAAGACAGUAACAGGUAAAAAUGCUCAUACGUUAAUUGGCAACAUCAUCGGCAAUCACUGCAAAGAACUUCCCGGUGGACACAAUGUUCGAUUGUUCGCAACAACAUUUGACAAUGGCAAACAGUUUAAACCAUCGAAGGCACUGAUCGUCACCAAACUGUCACGCCUCGAAUUUGAACAACAACGGCAGCCGAACCUCAGUCGAAAUGAAUUGGAAAAGAAUAUCCGGCAUCGUGGCAGCGACUACGAUGUGAUGCUCAAUUUUCAUACGAUACACAAGGAAUUCGAACGGAAGAUAGCGCAAUGUUUCAAUAAAUUCGGUGUCGAAGUGAAAUUGGUCAAUCGAUUAAUCAUUACGAAGGAGCAUAUUAAAUGGGCCGAUAUUUUAGUACCAGUUGGAGGGGAUGGGACAUUUUUAAUGACCGCUGGCCGGGCAAGUGUAUUCAAUCCAACAGUUACCAAAACACCGCUAGUAGGUUUCAAUUCCGAUCCACUUAGAUCUGAAGGAAGACUGAUGUUGCCAAAAAAGUAUUCUUAUGAUCCAGAAGAAGCUAUUCGACGAAUCGUUAAGGGUGAUUUCAAGUGGGUGCAUCGAUCUCGGAUUAGAGUCACCCUUUUCGGUCAAAAUGGUACCGUGCCGCAAGCAACCGAUUUACACGAGAACAGUUUCCAAUGUCCAGUUGAACCAACCGGCGCUGAAUCAUUAAGUGAAUUAGAUUCAAAAAAGUACAAAACAAGUAAAAUGUUCAUGGUGCCAUAUUUGGCGUUAAAUGAGGUAUUCAUAGGUGAAACACUAUCUGCAAGAGUUUCAUACUUACAAAUGGCUGUUGAUGGCAACGAGACAUUCACGAAGACGAAAAGUUCUGGAUUGUGUGUCAGCACUGGAACGGGAUCAACAUCAUGGCUGACUAGCACCAAUCGUUUAUCGGUGAAAAAUGUCAAAACGUUGCUGGAAAUAAUCGAAAGCAAGAACGGUAGUCUUCACAAUGUCAAUCCGUCUUCUGUAUGCAAAGAAUACAAUGAUCGUCUGGUGUUUCCUCCAGACGAUCCACGGCUGUGCUAUUCAAUUCGAGAACAGAUUUGCGUCGGUGUGUGGCCCAAUCCCAAAGGAUUUGAAUCGAUUGGCUUCGCCAAAACAAUUUUAAUAAAAUCUCGAUGCUUAGAUGCCAGUCUUGUCCUUGAUGGUAGUAUUUCGUAUCCGUUUAACGAUGGCGCCAAAGUAUUAUUGGAGGUCCAACCGGACGAUUCACUUCUCACAAUUUCAAUCGACUAAAAUAUGAAAUUUGGAAUGUCCUUGCGCCGAAACCUUUUGAUAUGAGAAACCUUACAUCCCUUAAUUUUGCAUCACCUAUACACUCCAAUUAAUUGGCAUUUAAAUUAUUUUAAUAAAGAAAGAAAAACACUGCCAGCAGUGUACAAUUUUAAUACAAA